UUCUGUCUGAAGGGAAGGCGGUGGCGGGGAGGGAGCAGGGCCCUAGAGCCCCCCUGGGGGCCCCAGGGGCAGGGGAUCGCCUGGGCCUGGGGGGCCCAAGCCCCGCCCAAGGCUGCUUAGGCCUCCAGGAGACCCCUUUCCUAGGCCUCGAGGCGUUGGGCCCGUUAAGCCCCCUUUGCCCCCCAAAAUCCUCCUGUCACCUCCCAUGUCCCCCCCCAGGCGGCCUCUUUAUCUCCCCCUCCCCAAAUCAUGGUGACUUCCCCCCCCCCAACAGCAGAUUAUAUUGGAUUUAUUUAUUUAUUUUAAUGAUGAAGCCGUCCUUGCUUUUCUCCCCAAAAUUAUCUAUUUACUUUUAUUUAUUUAUUUAUUUAUUUAUUUAUUUAUUUAUUUGGCACAUGCCUAUUUAUUUAUUUAUCUAUCUAUUUAUGUGUUUGCUUGACAUAAUUGUCUUUGUUUGUUAUCUGUUUGUUUGUUUGACAUAACUUGCCUCUCGCCCAAAGCGUCCGUCUUUAUUUUGAAACAUAAACCAAAACAGCCUUUAAAAAAAAAAAUAGAGAGAGAAAGAGAUAAAAAUAAUGUUAGCACUUAAACGGCAACAAGCCUUCUUGUCUCUCUUCCUCCCAAGUGGUCUUGGGAUUGUAUUGCCUCUCACAAUAUCGGAUUUGAAGCUGCGUUUUCUUCUCUCCUCCUCCCCAGUUAUAACUUUAAAUAUUUUUCCUCCAAAGGAAUUUAUACCGAAUUGGAAUUGGCAUGAGCCUGCCUGAGCCGUAUUGUACACUACUCAGUGUGCAAAUAAAUAAAUAGGUCAUAUUUAUAAAUAUAUCCCCAGCUGGAUAUAAAUAUUUUAAUUUUUUCCCUUUUCUUCCCAAAUUAUGUUUUAAAUUGUUUCUUCUUUCUCUAACUUUCUUUAAAUUGCCCCUCUCUUUUGUAUCUUCCUUAACGAAGCCAUUCCUAACCUGUCUCUGCCCUGUAGCUUCCAAUACUGUGUAUUAUUUUGCAGUGUUAUUUUUGGCUUUAGUGCACACGUGAACUUAUAUUUUUGUCCUCACAACAGCUUUGUAAGGUAGAUUAUGCAGAAGAUAGUGGGUGGCUUAUGCUCACCCAUUAAGCUUCAAGGCUAAAGGAGGUUUAACUAGGGUCUCUCUUGUUCUAGCCCAACAUUUAAACCACCUCUAAAGGUUGGUGGCCACUUGAUCUUCCUUACAAUGCCAUCCAAGGCGUGUUUACUUGGAAGUAAAUCUCACACAGUUCCAUAGGGCUUACUGCUAGGUAAAUGUGCAGCUGCAUUGUGCAUGCCUAUGGGCUUUACUCCCACGUAAAUGCAUAGGACUGCAGUGUAAGAAUUUAUCGACUUCCACAUUUUUGCUUGUUCCCACUACACACACAUACAUGCUUCCUGGCUCUGCAUGGUAUAUCCUCCAUCUAUAGAAUUUAUAGUAUGCCGUCCUACCUCCUCCUGGCUCCCCACAUAUAUAUCUCCUUGAGCUUCCUAUUCUCAAUUUGCCCCUUCCUCUACAUACUCCUGUCUCUUCAAAGAUACAAUUGCUUUGUGCCUCUUGUUUGCUGUAUUUCAACCUAUCCCGCUCUCCCAGAAACACUUGGAAAUGGACCUUCAAAAAGUGGCUGUACUCAAGUUUUCUAUUAGCUUCUGCUCGCCCGUAAGCACAACAUCCUCAUCUUUACCCUUUCCAAUUGGUGGCUUUGACUUCACGCCUUUGAGCGUACAGGUCUCUAUAAAUAUAUUGCUUCAAAGCUGCUGCUUCCUGUCUUUUUACCAAGACCCUGCUAAAAAUGAGGCCCUGUCUCUGAUUGUCGGUCCCUGCUUUGGUCAGCAGGCCUAAUCGUGUCUCUCGUUCCUUUCCAGCGUUCUGCACCAGUUCGCUCUCGGCCUCUCCCGCACAAGAGUGUUUCAAGCUGGGGCCACGCUCUUUCUGACGCCCCCAACCGGCCUGAUUCAUCUCUGGACUUCUGCUGGAGUGCACCCCUCCCAGCUCGUCCUGGGCCUCGCCUGACCCAUGGCCAUGGCCUCCCCCCCAGCGCCGCCGGCGAAAAAGCGCAAGAUGAACUUCUCAGAGCGGGAAGUGGAGAUCAUCGUGGAGGAGCUGGAGCGCAGCAAGCACCUCCUGAUCAACCACUUCAACGCCGGCGUGCCGCUGGCUGCCAAGGCCGCCGCCUGGCACAACAUCCUCCGCCGGGUCAACGCCGUGGCCACCUGCCGCCGGGAGCUUCCCGAGGUCAAGAAAAAGUGGUCCGACCUCAAGACGGAGGUGCGGCGCAAGGUGGCGCAGGUCCGGGUGGCGAUGGAAGGCGGCGGGGACGGCCAGGAUGGAGGCGGCGAGAGCCACGAUGCGGAGGACCCCACGGGGGCCACGGCAGCGCCCGUUAUCCUCACCCCGAUGCAGCAGCGCAUCUGUAACCUGCUGGGGGAGGCCACCAUUAUCAGCCUGCCUGCCGGGGACUGCACUGCUGCGGAUGGUUCGGAGAUCCCGAUUGCAGCCGCGGCCACGACAGUCACCCUUACGCAGAUUCCAGCGGAGACCACCUACCACAGUUUGGAGGAGGGCGUUGUGGAGUACUGCACCACCGAGGCCCCCGCCACUGUCGCCACCGAAGCCCCGCUGGAGAUGAUCGCGCAGCAGGCCGAGGUCUCAGUGAAGCCCCAGGAGCUGAAGAGCCGGAUCGCCCUGAACUCGGCCAAGCUCCUGCAGGAGCAGCGGGUCACCAACCUGCACGUCAAGGAGAUCGCCCAGCACCUGGAGCAGCAGAACGACCUGCUGCAGAUGAUCCGGCGCUCGCAGGAGGUGCAGGCCUGUGCCCAGGAGCGCCAGGCCCAGGCCAUGGAGGGAACCCAGGCGGCCCUGAGCGCCCUCAUCCAGAUCCUGCGCCCCAUGAUCAAGGACUUCCGGCGCUUCCUGCAGAGCAACACGCCUGCCCCCGCGGCGGCCGUAGACCCGAGCCAGGCAGCCCAGAACGGACAGGAUCUCAUCCAGUGAAGCAGAGCCUUCCCAAGGAGGCUUGUUCGGGACAGUGAGCAGGCUGGGCCCCCACCUUUGCCAGUGUCCGGGUGGGCUGGUUCAGUGCCCGUCUUGAGAAACUAAAACCGUCUUCUGGGCUCUUCUCAGCCGGCUUCCCAGUGAUGUUAAAAUGUAUGCACAGGUUCUGCAGCUGACCGCCAGAGCGCAUACCGGACAAACUCUUAAUUUAAAUCCUGGACCUUUUAAAAAUACUGAAAUAGAUUUGAUACGAAAGGGGGAAA